GUGAUGUUUACUGCAGAAGGGAAGACCAUCCAGGUUCUGUUAACGAACCGCUGCUGGAUGUACCACCACCACCCAUCUGUCAGAAUCAUUAAAUCACUCACACCGCCAACAUUGCACAAUUUAUCGAUUACUUUUGACCUGGUGGGACGACAAUACUGGACGGACAUCAAAAUACCGCCGACGCUCGCGAGCUAACUGUCGUUGAUGACGGGCGGACUUCCUCUGAGCUCGAGCUUUCUACGACGAGCUGGCGGUUCUUCAUCCCAUCCUGCCUAACAUCCUCCUCAGGGGAUUCACUCAAUCAGUCAUUGUAGCUCUGUCAGUCUGCACAGCAGCUGCAUUGGACCAGUCUGCCAGCUUUUAUCAGAGGACACAAGCAGUCAAAGCCAAUGGUAAGCACGGUGCAGGGAUCUUAGAGCCACAAACUCUGCACAGCGGGUGUGCUGCCUUCCAGUAUCGAGCCAACAAGUAUUCAGAGGAAGGAGAAGGUUCCCAACCCGGAGCCUCAAAGCUAGCAAUGCCCGGAUCCACACCGGCCAGCAGCAAGGCUCGGGUCUACACCGACGUCAACACACAGAAAAAUAGAGAGUACUGGGAUUAUGAUGCACAUGUGCCAAACUGGAGCAAUCAAGACAACUAUCAGCUGGUACGUAAGCUGGGUAGAGGCAAGUACAGCGAAGUGUUUGAGGCCAUAAAUGUGACCAACAAUGAGAAAGUGGUGGUAAAAAUCCUCAAGCCUGUCAAGAAGAAGAAGAUCAAACGGGAAAUCAAAAUUCUUGAAAACUUGCGAGGAGGAACUAACAUCAUCCGGCUGGUGGACACGGUCAAAGAUCCGGUGUCCAGAACACCAGCGCUUGUCUUUGAGUACAUCAAUAACACAGAUUUUAAGGAGCUUUACCAGAAGCUGACAGACUAUGAUAUUCGUUACUACAUGUUUGAGCUUCUUAAGGCUCUGGACUACUGUCACAGUAUGGGCAUCAUGCACAGAGACGUGAAGCCUCACAACGUGAUGAUUGACCACCAGCUGAGGAAGCUUCGUCUCAUAGAUUGGGGUUUGGCUGAAUUUUACCAUCCCGCUCAGGAAUACAAUGUCAGGGUGGCCUCGCGCUAUUUCAAAGGCCCCGAGCUGCUAGUGGACUAUCAGAUGUAUGACUAUAGUUUGGACAUGUGGAGUUUAGGCUGCAUGUUGGCCAGCAUGAUCUUCCUGAAGGAGCCGUUUUUUCACGGUCAAGACAACUACGACCAGCUGGUUCGCAUAGCAAAGGUUCUGGGCACAGACGAGCUCUUCGGCUAUCUGCACAAGUACCACAUAGAACUGGACACACGCUUCAAAGACCUGCUGGGACAGCAAACACGGAAGCGUUGGGAACAGUUCAUCCAGUCGGAGAACCAGCACCUGGUGAGUCCAGAGGCUCUGGACCUUCUGGACAAGCUGCUGCGCUACGACCACCAGCAGAGGCUGACAGCGGCUGAGGCCAUGCGACACCCAUACUUCUAUCCUGUAGUGAAGGAACAAGCGAACGCCAACACAGACAGCACAAAGGCAAUAAGCAGCUCCAAUGCAACAUGAUGUCCUGAGAGCAGGAAAUAUCUUUACCUCAACUUGUGACCUUUUCGUGGCAGAAACCCCUGCCUCCACAUCAACAGCCAUACUGGAGCAAGAUGUCAGUUUUUUUGCAUACACACACAAACAAACACGCACGGACUAAACUUCUCUCCAUCCAAGGCCGGGAAUCUGCUGCUUGGUCUGAGUCACAAACAGAUCAGAAAUCAGAUCUGAACCCCUCCUCCGGUCUCCCAACUCCCCGCAUCUGUUUUUAAACACAACAGACAAAAAGUGACUGUUUUUGGAUCAGUAUCAAGCCGUGUUGAUGCUGUAAAGACGGUUGCCGUGACCGCAGAUCCAGUUCCAGGUUUUAGCACUGAGUGACGUGGAGGCUCUUUUCUGCUAUGGAUAGAACAAAAGCUAUAUUGAAAGAGAAUAAACCAUUUUUAUUUAAA